AGCUUGCAAGACAUCACAGGAGACAGCAGCUGAACCACUGAAGAAACACUCGGGAUCAAGAAUGAAGCUUUACGUUGGUACCGUCCUCAUCACUGUUGCACUUUUGUCCGAGUGCUACUUCAGAACUGCUGCCAUCCCCAUGACCAAAGCUGAAGACACAGAGCCAGAUCUGCAAGGCUUGAGCGAGAGCUUGGAGGAGAACUCUCUGAGAUCCGCACCAGGCAACUCCAAAAUCAUCGUGGUGGCCGACUCCAAUCUGCUGAGGACCCUAACAUCUCUGAACAGAGGACUCCCUCAUCUCAGUCUCCCCGAGAGCCUUCUCAGCACAGAGCGCAGAGAUGUCGGAACAGACCUGAGCCCGAGCAUCGCCAUCAUCAAAAGGGACACCAUGAGGUGCAUGGUGGGAAGAGUGUAUCGGCCAUGCUGGGAGGUGUAG